AUGACGAUGCAGAAGAAGACAAUUGCCGUCGUGAACGCGACGGGACGCCAGGCGGCUUCCCUCAUCCGCGUCGCCGCCGCCGUCGGACACCACGUACGCGCGCAAGUCCAUUCCCUCAAGGGCCUCAUCGCAGAAGAGCUCCAGAGCAUCCCAAAUGUCACAUUGUUCCAGGGCCCCCUGUUAAAUAACUUUGAGCUGAUGGACACCCUCUUCGACGGAGCUAACAUCGCCUUCAUUAACACAACGUCGCAAGCGGGCGAUGAGAUUGUCAUUGGAAAGGCGCUCGCCGAUGCCGCCAAACGCGCCGGUACAAUUCAACACUACAUCUACAGCAGCAUGCCAGAUCACUCGCUCUACGGCCCAUACCCGGCUGUGCCGCUAUGGGCUCCGAAGUUUACCGUGGAGAACUACGUCCGCCAACUAGGCCUCCAUUCGACCUUCGUUUAUGCUGGAAUCUACAACAACAACUUCACAAGCCUACCAUACCCGCUCUUCCAGAUGGAACUCAUGCCGGACGGCACUUUCGAGUGGCAUGCGCCUUUUGAUCCAGACAUUCCGCUACCUUGGUUGGAUGCAGAGCAUGACGUUGGUCCGGCGCUGCUGCAGAUCUUCAAGGACGGUCCUCAGAGGUGGAAUGGUCAUCGAAUUGCGCUCACUUUUGAAACGCUAUCUCCCGAACAAGUAUGCGCGGCCUUCUCCCGAGCUCUCAGCCGCCGCGUAAAGUACGUCCACGUUCCCAAGGUCGAAAUCAAAGUCAACAUUCCUGCCGGAUACCGGGAACAGCUUGAAGCCAUCGAAGAAGUCUUUGGCGUGCACAAGGCACCUUACUUUCCCCAACCCGAAUUCUCCCGUCCUGCCGCUGGAUCUCCCAAGGGAUUAGGUCCAGCCAAUGGCAAGGGCGCCGGUGCGGGAAUGAUGCAGGGCCCCGGAGGUGUCAUCUCACAACGUGUUACGGACGAAUCCCGCCAGUUAUGGCAAGGCUGGCGAGACAUGGAGGAGUAUGCGCGCGAAGUCUUUCCCGUGGAAGAAGAAGCCAACGGGUUAGACUGGAUGCUAUAA